AUGAGACCUCCCGGGCUAGCCACAAUGAGCAAGUCUUCAGAGAGCCGUGGACAUCCCCACAGUGCCAGCUCCCCUUCGGAAAGGGGGAACUCAGUAGAUGGCAUUCAAUUGGGCCAUGUUAGACAGGUUAUCCUGGAUUAUUUCCAUGGGUCCAUUGUAGCCAAAAGACAAGAGCGACUGGAGCGGAGGCGCUCCAGGGUCUUUGACCUGCAGUUCAGCACAGACUCACCUCACCUCCUCUCCUCCCCCUCCAGCAGGAAUGUUGAUGUUUCAGCUACAAUUCCUAAAUUUACAAACACCCAGAUUACAGAGCAUUACUCCACAUGUAUCAAGCUGUCUACUGAAAACAAAAUCACUACCAAGAAUGCUGUCGGCUUGCACUUGAUUGAUUUUAUGUCAGAGAUCCUUAAACAGAAGGACACUGAACCAACCAACUUUAAAGUAGCUGCUGGUACCCUGGACGCCAGCACCAAAAUCUAUGCUGUGCGUGUAGAUGUCGUCCAUGCUGAUGCAUACAGAGUCUUGGGGGGGCUUGGCAAAGACGCCCCAUCUGUGGAAGAAGCAGAGGACCCUGGUACAGAGGGAAGCACUGCUGAAACAGGAACAACCAGAAAGGCUCCAAAACCAAAGAAGAAGCAUUCCUGCAAAACCAUCGAGCAGAAUAUAAGCAACCUCAAUGUCUCUGAAGCAGAUCGAAAGUGUGAGGUGGAUCCCAUGUUUCAGAGGACGGCAGCCUCCUUCGAUGAGUGCAGCACAGCAGGGGUGUUUCUCUCCUCCCUGUGCUGCCAGGACUACCAGAGCGAGCUGCUUUUCCCUUCCAAUGCCCAGCCUCUCUCCACUGGGGAGUCCCUUGAGCUGCCAGACUUGGGCUGGGUAGAGAUGGCAGACCUGAAAGCGCCCCUGCAGCAGUGUGUGGAAGGUCGCCAGCUCUGCCCUGCCCUGGCCGGCUUCCAGUUCACCCAGUGGGACAGUGAGACGCAUACUGAGUCUGUGUCGGCCCUGGUGGACAAGUUCAAGAAGAACGACCAGGUGUUUGAUGUUGAUGCAGAGGUCGAGGAGAAUGACAGUGGGGACUUCCUCGAUGGGCCCCUGGAGGAUGACUUUGAUGCCAACGAUGAGCCCGAGCACACUACCGCAGGGGACGACGAGGACUUCAGGAGCUGGAAGGAGCCCUGGAAGCGUGGCGAUAUAGAACACCAGCUGAAGGCCACUCAGCAAGGUAGGAAUCUGAGAAGUCAUAAGUCAUCAUCCACCUCCACCAAGCUGAAGGAGGAAACGAAAGCCGAGAGGCCGCACAGUCAUGAAUUAAGAGCCAAAAGGGCCUUCAAAUUCAGGGAGUCUAACUCUGGGACCCACAUCCUGAAUCUCUAUGAUGCUACUUUUCAGCAACAUAUCAUGAAGGAGUUUUGGAGGAAAAAUUUGUGA